CGCUGUUUUUCAAGACGCGGAAACGGAGUGCGGGGGGAAGAAGAACGAGGCCGGCCGGCCGGUCCCACACCUUAUAUCCCCCGUGUGUGUGCUUUUCUUAAAGGGACCCCGCUGCAAGAGUUCCGGGGGGGGACCGCAAAGGGGAGGCAAUAGGGAAAGGAGCACCUGAGGCGCGCUCACCUUUACCUAGGGGGCGAAAAGGCGGGAGAGAGUGGGGGGCAGGUGUAAAGACACACACCACAGGCCCCCCCAUGCAUGUUGGCCCCGACCUUUCCCACCCUGAAUGAAAAACCUUAUUUUUUUUUGUCGAGGUUAGGUGGCUUUUUGUAUCCAAUGGGCACCUCGGCAAAGCAAAUAUACGGCCAUGGAAGCCAGUCAAGUCCCCCCACCCUGUCUCAGGUAAUAGGUGAUGCCCCCUCUACUUGGAGCCUGCAAGCGCCCCUGUGAGCGCAGCUGAAGGGACUUGGUUGCUGCUGCUGCCCUCGAAACGAGCACGUGGGGCGACACGCCUUCUCCGCAGUAACAGCUCACACGUCCUCGCCGCCACCCCGCUCCUUCCUUCCCCCUUGGGUGCCACGGCAUCUGUAAACUCCUGCAGCCCCUCCCCUGCCAGGGCCAUGGCACAUUCCCAGCAGCAGGAAGACACCUGCUCGAGCUUGGCGACAGAGAACUGUGCAGAUAUGAGCCCCAGGAAAGUCGCCCUCGUCACUGGUAUCACGGGCCAGGAUGGCUCAUACUUGGCUGAGUUCCUGCUGGAAAAGGGCUAUGAGGUGCAUGGAAUUGUUCGUAGAUCUAGCUCUUUUAAUACAGGACGAAUUGAACAUCUUUACAAGAACCCACAGGCUCACACAGAAGGAAACAUGAAGUUACAUUAUGGCGAUCUCACAGAUAGUACUUGCCUAGUGAAGAUAAUUAAUCAAGUGAAACCCACUGAAAUUUACAAUCUUGGAGCUCAGAGCCAUGUCAAAAUAUCUUUUGAUUUGGCUGAAUAUACUGCUGAUGUUGAUGGAAUUGGCACUUUACGGUUGCUUGAUGCUAUCAAGACAUGCGGCCUCAUAGACUCUGUGAAGUUCUACCAAGCUUCAACAAGUGAGCUUUAUGGGAAAGUGCAAGAAAUACCGCAAAAGGAGACCACUCCUUUUUAUCCCAGAUCACCAUAUGGGGCAGCCAAGCUAUAUGCAUAUUGGAUUGUGGUGAACUUCAGGGAGGCCUACAAUCUCUUUGCUGUGAAUGGUAUUCUCUUCAACCAUGAGAGUCCCAGGAGAGGGGCUAACUUUGUAACUCGAAAAAUUAGUCGUUCCGUUGCUAAGAUCCACCUGGGGCAACUGGAAUGUUUCAGUUUGGGCAAUCUGGAUGCCAAGAGAGACUGGGGUCACGCCAAGGACUACGUUGAGGCUAUGUGGCUAAUGCUGCAAAUGGAUGAGCCAGAGGACUUUGUAAUAGCUACUGGGGAGGUCCACAGUGUCCGCGAAUUUGUGGAGAAGGCAUUCCAGCACAUUGGGAAAACAAUUGUGUGGGAAGGCAAGAAUGAGAACGAAGUAGGUCGAUGCAAAGAAACUGGCAAGAUCCAUGUGACCGUUAAUCACAAAUACUACAGGCCAACUGAAGUGGAUUUUCUUCAAGGCGAUUGCACCAAAGCAAAGCAAAAACUCAACUGGAAACCCAGAGUCACAUUUGAUGAGCUGGUGAAAGAGAUGGUGGAAGCAGAUGUGGAACUCAUGAGGAACAACCCCAAUGCAUGAAUCUGUUCCUCCUUCCAUACCUGCUGACAUGACUGAGCCUCCAGGGAGACGGACGGCCUAAUUAUGACUUCUGCAAGUGCCAUUGCUGGGGAUGGGGAACGACAAUCACUCCACUGGGUGUUGAAGAUUUGCUGCCAUUUUAUUUUCCUCUUGAUUGUGCAAUGGAUCAUUUUUCCCCCUUUUCAAAUCUCAACCAUGCAUCAUGACUUUGCAUUCCUUGAAGAGGAUAGGCUGCAGUGAUUGCACUUUUCCUCCUGAUAUGUAGACGUUGGAGGCCAGCUUGCCACUCCAAUUCAUUUUCUUUUGAUAUUAAAAAAAAUCCUUUCCAUAAA